AUGAGUAAAUUUGGCGUCCUAGUAAUGGGACCUGCAGGUGCAGGAAAAACAACCUUCUGUACCGGUCUAAUAAACCACCUCCAAAACAAUCGCCGCUCUUGCUUCUAUAUCAACCUCGACCCGGCAGCCGAAACCUUUUCCCACGAACCCGAUCUCGACAUCAAAGACCUCAUCUCCCUCGAAGAUGUCAUGGAAGAAAUGGGACUCGGUCCCAACGGCGGUCUAAUCUAUUGUUUCGAAUUCCUACUCGAGAAUUUGGAUUUUCUCUCUGAAGCCAUCGAGCCUCUCACGGAAGAAUAUCUCAUCAUAAUCGAUAUGCCGGGCCAGAUAGAAUUAUACACACAUAUCCCGAUUUUGCCUGCCUUGGUGAAAUUCUUGACAAAGACAGGCGCGCUAGAUAUUAAUCUCUGCGCGGCAUAUUUAUUAGAAGCGACAUUUGUAGUUGAUCGGGCGAAGUUUUUCGCAGGCACUUUAUCUGCUAUGAGUGCGAUGAUUAUGCUCGAGGUUCCACAUGUGAAUAUUCUUUCCAAGAUGGAUUUGGUAAAAGGACAAGUUGCGAAGAGGGAAUUGAAGAGAUUUUUAGAUCCAGAUACGUCAUUAUUGGAUGAUGAUCAGGAAGAAGAUGAUGGGGAAGGAGAAGCAAAGGAUGCGCAAACAUUGAUGAAGGGGAAUAGUUUUCGAAGAUUGAACAAGGCGGUUGCGGGUUUGAUUGAUAGUUUUAGUAUGGUGUCAUAUCUGAGGUUGGAUGUGCAGAGUGAGGAUAGUGUGAGUGGAAUCUUGAGUUAUAUUGAUGAUGCGAUUCAAUUUCACGAGGCGCAGGAACCAAAGGAACCAAAUGAUGAAGUGGAAUAUGAUGAGCCGGAUAUGUAA